AAACUGCCAUUAGUAGUAAGUAGCGACACGGCUGCUGCAGCUUGCGAGGAGGAAGGCAGGCAGGUGGGGAGGUGAGAUGAUGGAGGUAGGGGUGGGGAGUUACUGGGGGGUGGGGGGACGGCGGUGCGGGGUGUGCGAGGGAUCGCCGGCGGCGGUGCACUGCCGGACGUGUGUGGGCGGGGUGUACCUGUGCGCGGGGUGCGACGCGGGCCACGCGCGGGCGGGGCACGAGAGGGUGUGGGUCUGCGAGGUGUGCGAGCGCGCGCCGGCCGCGGUCACCUGCCGGGCCGACGCGGCCGCGCUCUGCGCCGCCUGCGACGCCGACAUCCACGACGCCAAUCCGCUGGCCCGGCGCCACGAGCGGGUGCCUGUGCAGCCCAUCGGGUCCGCGCCUGCCGCUGCGGCGGACGCGGCCGGGAUGCUUAACGCGGUCGGCGCCGGCAACGGCAAGGUCGACGCGAAGCUCGACUUCCUGUUGGCGGACGUCAUGGGCCCUUUCCUCGGCCCCGAGCUCGCGCGCUUCCCGCACACGGACAGCGUUGUGCCCAACGACGGAACGAGCGGCGGCGCAGUGGAGCUGGAUUUCGGUGGCGCAGCCGCAGCCGUCACCGCCAAGCCGUUCUACAGCUCGUACACCGCGGCGUCGUUCGGCAACAGCGGCUCCUCGUCGGAGGCCGGUCUGGUGCCGGACGCGAUUUGCGGCCGCGGCGGGAGCGUGACCGGCGGCGUCAUCGAGCUCGACUUCGCGCAGUCCAAGGCGGCCUACCUGCCGUACGCAGUAACUCCUACCCACAGCGUGUCGUCUGUGGAUGCGGGGGCAGUGCCGGAGCGCAGCGACGGCGUCAUGGCCGGCAGACUCCCCACGCCGGCGACCGCGGAAAGCAGGGAGGCGCGGCUCAUGCGGUACCGCGAGAAGCGGAAGAACCGGCGGUUCGAGAAGACGAUCCGGUACGCGUCCCGGAAGGCCUACGCCGAGACGCGGCCGCGCGUCAAGGGCCGCUUCGCCAAGCGCACCGACGACGCCGAAGCCGAAGAUGCCGACAUCUUUAACGCCGCCGCCGCACGCCCGCCGCCGCAGCCCUACCCCUACGUGCUCGACUUCGGCGGCUACGGCGUCGUGCCCACCUUCUGACGCGCGCGCGCGUCGCCCUCUUUCGUGUCGCGUUGCAUGCCAUGUUUUUGAGCCGGCCGAUUGAUCCAUUGGGCCGGUGUAAACGCACGUACGUAUUUACGUGCGUGCCAUGCUGCAUGCAUGCGCGCGCGCGCGUUUGCUAUAACGGCGAGUUCUAGUUGGUGAUCACCCGUUUUGGGCUAGCCUUGAUUAAGCUAGGCUAGUGUGUGUACGUGUUUGCUGGAACGGCUCGUUCUAGUUUCGGAUUUUGGAUCGUGAAGAUGCUCAGCAUCUGACGGUCUCUGAAUUAUAUGCAUUAUGCUAUAUUUGGAAA